CAGGACCUAAAGUACUGUCGUUGUCUUUUUAAAAAAAGCCUGCCGUUUCUUCACGUGCCGUUUUAGUGGCCCAUUUUUCACAUCGGAUCAACCAGAUAGAGAGAAGCCGAAGAUUGUUCAAAAUGCAAUAUUUAUCUCUACAAUCGCUUCAAUGGAAAUCAAAUCCAGUGAUUUUAUCUGAAGUUUUUGUUUUGAAUCCCAAACCACUGAACUUUCAAGUGCCUUCCCUGAGUUCCCCGUAUCGCAGAACGCGAAACUGGAAAAUUAGAAGUUCACUGGAAGAGAAUGCAGCAAAUUCGAGUGUAGGCGGAGAUUUGAAGAAGUCUCUGUCCGGUAUUGUCGGAAAUCAAGUGGAGGAGCUAUUGAGCAGAGGAGAGAACAAGAAUUUGCUUGAUGGUCUGGAAAAAGCUUCGAUGAGGGUGGAGAUAGCGAAGAGAGAGCUCGCGGAGAUAGAGAGACAAGAAAUCGAAGCGAGAUUGCUUCAGGAUUAUGUUAAUAAGCUCGAAGCAAGAGCCUCAGAGAUCGCAGAAUGCCAGCAGGAGAUUGUAGCAGCAAGAUCAAUGGUUGAGGAAGCAGAACGUUCCCUGUCCUUGGCAGAGACCGAGGCAACCGGAGCUUCAGAAAUCAGCUAUACGAUUGAUAAAGACAAGGAGAGACUAGAAUCAGCGAAAGCGGCAGCGGUUGCAGCUGCGGUUGGCACCAUUGCAGAAAUCCCGUUUGCUCUUUCUCAGGUCUCGAGCAUCGAGCAGCUUGUUCUUCCCCUGGGAGUAGCGUUUGCAAGCUGUGCUUUGUUUGGAGUUACAUUCAGGUAUGCAGUCAGAAGAGACUUGGAUGAUAGUCAUCUCAAAUCCGGAGCCGUUGCCGCAUUUGGGUUUGUCAAAGGACUUGGUAUGUUGAGCAGAGGACCGCCAUUGGAGCUGAGCUGGGAAAGCUUGGCUUCUCAUGGAAUAGACGGCGCCGUUUUGGUGUCUCAGAGCGUCUUGAUAUUUGCGUUUGCGUCUGUAGGUUUGGACUUCUGUUUCAAGAUGAAGCUCUUAAGACCAUUUCCCAGCUCUGCUCAAAUGGCGGUUUUCGGUAAAAAGCCAAGGAAGAAGAUGGCGGGAGGUAGUGGUUCUGUUGUUCGUGGACCUCGUGGUGGUGGUAGUGGUAGUGGUAGUAGUAAACAGAGAGGCUUCUCCUUAAAUCCAAAGGACUACAAGCUUCUGGAAGAAGUCGGCCAUGGAGCUAGCGCCGUCGUCUAUCGAGCGAUCUAUCUCCCGGCUAACGAAGUCGUCGCCAUCAAGUGUUUGGAUCUCGAUCGAUGCAACAGCAACCUGGAUGAUAUUAGGAGGGAAUCUCAGACUAUGAGUUUGAUAGACCAUCCCAAUGUUAUAAAGUCGUUUUGUUCAUUUUCUGUCGACCAUAGUCUUUGGGUCGUCAUGCCAUUCAUGGCACAAGGCUCCUGCUUGCAUCUUAUGAAGACUGCAUACUCAGAUGGGUUUGAAGAGUCGGCUAUAUGCUGUGUACUGAAAGAAACUCUUAAGGCUCUUGAUUAUCUUCAUAGACAAGGUCACAUCCAUCGGGAUGUUAAGGCUGGAAACAUACUUCUUGAUGACAAUGGGGAGAUUAAGCUUGGUGAUUUUGGCGUCUCUGCUUGCUUGUUUGACAACGGUGAUAGGCAACGUGCAAGAAACACAUUUGUUGGAUGGCACCGGAAGUCUUGCAGCCGGGAAAUGGAUACAAUUCCAAGUGAGUUUAUAUUUGCAAAAUGUAAUAUAGAAAGUAGCUCACUUUGGGCUGAUAUCUGGUCAUUUGGUAUAACAGCGCUUGAAUUGGCCCAUGGUCAUGCACCUUUCUCAAAAUAUCCCCCCAUGAAGGUACUCCUAAUGACUAUUCAAAAUGCACCUCCCGGCCUUGAUUAUGAUCGUGAUAAGAAAUUUUCUAAGGCUCCUGAACUUUCUGUGAAAACGUUAUUCGCUGACUUACCACCUCUUUGGUCACGUGUAAAAUCUCUUCAGGCCAAGGAUGCUGCACAGCUUGCCUUAAAGAGAAUGGCCACUUCGGACGAGGAAGCUAUAUCAAAGAGUGAAUACCAAAGAGGAGUGAGCGCUUGGAACUUUGACGUCAAAGACUUGAAAACACAAGCAUCUUUGGUGAAUGACAGAGGGCAAGUAUUUGAUAGUCCCCUACUAUACGAAAAUAGGAACAAGGUUUCCAAUACUGAGGUGGAAGAACCAACCUCUGAAGAGAAAUUCACUUUCAUUACAAGCGCAUCUUCUAUAGAUCAAGUGACACAAAAUUCAGAGCAUGACAUUCCCGAGGCCAAGGAUAAGCCAGUAAGACGCCAAAGUCAGAGUGGACCACUUACAAACAGGGCCGUUUUAAGCCACUCGGCUUCAGAAAGAGGUCCUAUCUUUGAAAGAUCCGAGAGUGAACACCAGACGGCAUCGUCAGUCCGAAGAGCACCAAGCUUUAGUGGUCCUUUAAAUCUUCCAAACCGUGCCUCUGCAAACAGUUUGUCAGCUCCUAUUAAAUACUCAGGAGGAUUCCGUGAUUCUUUGGAUGAGAAGUCAAAGGCUAAUCUGGUUCAGAAAGGUCGAUUUUCAGUAACAUCAGGAAAUCUAGAUCUUGUAAAGGAUGUUCCCUUAAGUAUUGUCCCUCGUCGAUCUCCACAGUCGUCCCCUCUGAGGAAAUCUGCGAGUGUCGGUAACUGGAUUCUUGAGCCUAAGAUGCCAACAGUUCAGCCUCAGACCAUCCAGGAGUUAAGUAGCCAACCUAUGUCGCCGGCACUAAUCAUGCCUCAACUUCAACAUAUGUUCCAGCAAAACUCAGUACAACAGGAUCUUAUUAUGAACUUACUGAAUAGUGUACAACCCACAGAGACGACAGAUGGUUCUCAAUCCGGAAAGUUACCACCAUUGCCUCGCUCAGACAGUAAUGGAACCGUCGAGCCCGUGGCUUCUGAGAAGGAGAGGUUACUACUUAGCAGUAUCUUUGAGCUCCGGGCUAGGCUGAACGACUUAACGGAGGAACUCGAUACAGAGAAAUCAAAAUACAGCCAACUACAGCAGAAACUGAAAGCAUUCACUGGUCGCGAACAAGUGUAAGCGGGAGCGAAAGCUACGGCGAGAACACUGAGCCGCACAGAACCUGUAGGAGAGCGAGUGAAGUCUCUUCUUGUAACCGCUGAAAACCAGAUAAUGUUCAAACAAAACUUAAGAGGCUGUGAAGCAAAAGCAUAGCAAUAUCUCCAGUUAGGUUCUGUGUGUCUCAGACGACUGAUGAUGACGACGACAACAGCAAAACAAGCAGCGUCUGCUUCUGAUGUAAACUAAUAGUUGAAGACAGCAGAAACGUAUACGUAAUAAGAAAAUGAGAAGAAAGCUCUUUUGGAGUCUCAUACCCCAUUUGCUUAUUCACUUUAAAUUAUAUCACACAUUUUUAUUUUUUGGUGUAUAAUUAUUGUUAAUGAGAGAAAGGAGGAAGCAUUCUUUUGAACCCUUUGUGUAUUUAAUUUGUAAAUGCGAUAUGUUUGACGUACUCGCCUUGAUUUCACAAGUUCAGGGAUUCAAUCAAACUAGAAAGUUGAUUGUUCUAUGUUCAAAUAAAAAGUAACUCAUGACUCUAGGAAUCAAAAUCAUGGUUUUUUUAGCUUUUGUACUAAGAUUAGAACGUUAUUGAACAAUUAAACUGGUUGAUUUAAUGAUUAUUACGUACAUUUAAAAGAAAGUUGUUGUUCUUCGUCUUCUUCUACUUCUCAAGGUUUUGGUAGAGGCUUUAGACACCAAAUAACCCACACCCAAACACAUAACCCAAAUCCCCAAAUCAACGGCCCACCCCAUUCCUUCCUUCUCUGACUCCAUAUCAGCCGUCCAUUCCACCGUCUCCCACUCCCCCUCUCCUUCGUCGGAUUCGCCGCCGCUGCACGUGCAAAAACACACGCCGCCGUCCGAUUCCCUCCCUUCCUCUCUCCCUUCCGGUAUCUCCUCCAAACACUCAAACCCCAUCCUUUGCUUCCUCCUCCGUCUGUGUUUCCUCGCCAUUGUCGAGGUUGCGACGUGUCCCUCCGCCGCUACAACUACCUCAGCCGCUCCUUCCUCUUCCAUCUCACACUCGCACUCGAGUUUCCACUUGUCUCCUUCGUCUUUUCUGAAAAUGCCUUUGAUGACCCUCUCCUCACUCAUGUACACCUCGAACCGGAUCCCUUCCCAGACCCGAACCCGUUCCCUAGACCCGUAAAUCGCGUCAUCUCCCUUGACGACCCUGUGGAGCGUCACGAACGCCGGGGAAUCGGGUCGGAUCUUGGACCCUUCGAGCUCGAAAGCAGCUUCGUUGAUUCGCGGUGGGUAUAGGAGAGUGAGAGAAUCGGGUAAGAAUUCUCGGGUGGUUAAAUCCGUGAACCGGACGAAGAAAGCUUUAACCUUUAAGCUCUCUUUCUCAACGUAACGCUCGAAAUCCGUCGAUCUACACAUUUCUCUCUGUUGUUGGGUUCUUCGAAAAGUCUCUUACUUUUUUUCUUUUCCUUCUAAUUAUCUUUGUACUUUGAAUUGAAAGUUUCGGCCUUUUU